UAAUCCGCCUGGCCUCAUAAAUACGCUACAUUGUUUGUUUUCAAGCACCCCGUCUUUUUCCCCCGCUUUUUAUCCGCUAUCAUCACCGCGUCCUUUUUCUUCGUCUUUUUCUUUUCCGCCGCCCAAUCGCGUGGCGAUCUCCCGCAGUGGGUACGUGUCACAUACGGGGCGUGGCCUAACAAACCCAACCAACGCCAACCGACUGCGGGCAGCAAAUUUCGAGAAUCGCCUCUCCUUUUCUCGAAAUGGCUGCCGAAAACGUCGACCCUGCUUUUGUUCGCUCGGACAGCGGGCGGCCGCUGACCAGCGACCAGGCCACCGGGCGCCGUUCGGCCGCCAAGAGGCUGCAGCAGGAGCUAAUGACUCUGAUGACGUCCGGCGACAAGGGCAUCUCGGCCUUUCCCGAGAGCGACAACCUCUUCUACUGGAUCGCCACCAUCGAGGGUCCGCCGGGCACAGUGUUCGAGAACGCGGUCUACAAGCUGAGGCUGGCCUUCCCCAGCGACUAUCCGUACAGCAGCCCCCGGGUGUUGUUCCAGACGCCGUGCUUCCACCCGAACGUGGACUGCCAGGGCAACAUCUGCGUCGACAUCCUGCAGCACCACUGGUCGGCGCUGCUGGACGUUCGGACGGUGCUACUCUCGAUCCAGUCGCUGCUCGGCGAGCCGAACGUGGCCAGCCCGCUGAACUCCUACGCCGCGUCCAUCUGGGGCGACAAGGAAGAGUACCAGAGGGCGCGACAGGUGUUCGAGACGAAGCAGGACGCCGAAAACACGCCGCUGAAGUCGACGGUCGAGUAGCGCCUGUGCUGUCCUUGUGUUCGCGGUGGAGUGAGCCACGAGGUAACGCGAGUCCAGCUGGUGUCCUCUUUUUUUUUUUUUUUUUUUCGUGACUUACUCUAAGUUUCGAUCGCCGCAAAUCCAGGCAUGAACGUUCCAGGUUUAUAUUGCGUUAGUUUUACAAAGAAUGGGUACCGAGAAAGAACAGGACAGCGUGCUGACUCAACGUUUGGCACCAACCGCCGUAUUCUUUCCUGUACAGUCAACAGCAAAAGUUUGCGGGAUGCGCGAGCGCGUGGCAAAGCGACCCUCCUCCCCUUCUAGUGGUGAACUCCUGGUGUCGAGACCGACGCCUGCA